CGCUCCCUCUACUUCGCAAGUUUAGGAGAAGAAGAGACCAGAAGCUCUAAACUACCAUAUAAAGUACCUCCAAUUGUUACCCUCUCAGAUCAGCUUAGUUAUUCUCUUGCGUGCUCUGCUUUCUAAAAGGCAUUCGUUCUCUUGCGUUCUGCUUUCCUGUGUGGUGUAAGGAGUGAUGGCGGAUGUUCAGAUGGCUGAUGCCGAGACCUUUGCCUUCCAGGCUGAGAUCAACCAGCUUUUGAGUCUGAUCAUCAAUACAUUCUACAGUAACAAGGAGAUUUUUCUUCGCGAGCUAAUCAGCAAUGCCUCUGAUGCAUUGGACAAAAUUCGGUUCGAGAGCCUUACAGAUAAGAGCAAGCUCGAUGCCCAACCAGAGCUAUUCAUCAGGAUCGUCCCUGACAAGACUAACAAGACCCUUUCUAUUAUUGACAGUGGUAUUGGCAUGACCAAAGCAGAUUUGGUGAAUAAUUUGGGAACCAUUGCGAGAUCUGGUACCAAGGAAUUCAUGGAGGCAUUGCAGGCAGGAGCUGAUGUGAGCAUGAUUGGUCAAUUCGGUGUUGGUUUUUACUCUGCCUACCUUGUUGCUGAGAAGGUGGUUGUGACCUCCAAACACAAUGACGAUGAACAAUACAUCUGGGAAUCCCAAGCUGGUGGUUCCUUCACUAUUACAAGGGAUGUUAAUGGUGAGCAGCUUGGCAGGGGAACAAAAAUGACUCUUUUCCUCAAGGAAGACCAGCUGGAGUACUUGGAGGAGAGGAGGAUCAAGGACCUUGUGAAGAAGCAUUCUGAAUUCAUUAGCUACCCAAUCUAUCUCUGGACUGAGAAAACAACUGAGAAGGAAAUCAGUGAUGACGACCAUGAUGAACCCAAGGAGAAGAAGGAAGAGGAAGGGGAUGUUGAGGAGGUCGAUGAGGAGAAGGAAACUAAAUCCACGAAGAAGAAGAUCAAGGAGGUGUCUCAUGAGUGGGAGCUCAUCAACAAGCAGAAGCCCAUCUGGCUACGCAAACCUGAGGAGAUUACCAAGGAGGAAUAUGCCUCUUUCUACAAGAGCUUGACCAAUGACUGGGAAGAGCACCUUGCCGUUAAGCACUUCUCUGUGGAAGGUCAGCUUGAAUUCAAGGCAAUACUCUUUGUUCCAAAGAGGGCUCCAUUUGAUCUGUUUGACACCCGCAAGAAGAUGAACAACAUCAAGCUCUAUGUCAGAAGAGUCUUCAUUAUGGAUAACUGCGAAGAGCUGAUUCCUGAGUACCUGGGAUUUGUCAAGGGUGUUGUUGAUUCUGAAGAUUUGCCACUGAACAUCUCUCGUGAGACAUUGCAACAGAACAAGAUCCUGAAGGUAAUCACGAAGAACCUUGUCAAGAAAUGCAUUGAAAUGUUCAAUGAAAUUGCUGAGAACAAGGAUGACUACAACAAGUUUUAUGAGGCUUUCUCUAAGAAUUUGAAGUUGGGAAUUCAUGAAGACAGCCAGAACAGAGCGAAAUUGGCUGACCUUCUGCGGUACUAUUCCACUAAAAGUGGUGAGGAAUUGACACGCUUGAAGGACUAUGUAACCAGGAUGAAGCAGGGCCAGAAAGACAUCUACUAUAUUACUGGUGAAAGCAGAAAGGCUGUGGAAAACUCUCCCUUCCUGGAGAGACUCAAGAAGAAGGGCCACGAAGUACUUUUCAUGGUUGAUGCCAUUGAUGAGUACGCUGUUGGACAGUUAAAGGAGUAUGAUGGAAAGAAGUUAGUGUCUGCCACAAAGGAGGGAUUGAAGCUUGAUGAUGAGACUGAAGAAGAGAAGAAGAAAAGGGAAGAGAAAAGGCAGUCCUUUGAGAACCUCUGCAAGGUCAUCAAGGAUAUUCUGGGAGACAAGGUGGAGAAGGUUGUUAUCUCCGACAGGAUUGUUGACUCUCCUUGCUGUUUGGUGACCGGCGAGUAUGGCUGGACAGCAAACAUGGAAAGGAUAAUGAAGGCUCAGGCACUGAGAGACAGUAGCAUGAGCUCUUACAUGUCCAGCAAGAAGACUAUGGAAAUUAACCCUGACAAUGGCAUUAUGGAAGAAUUGAGGAAGAGAGCCGAGGCCGACAAGAACGAUAAGUCUGUGAAAGAUCUUGUGAUGCUGCUCUUUGAGACUGCCCUUUUGACCUCUGGGUUCAGCCUUGAUGAUCCAAACACAUUUGCUGCUAGGAUUCACAGGAUGCUUAAACUGGGUCUAAGCAUUGACGAGGAUGAGAAUGCUGGUGAAGAUGUUGAAAUGCCUGCUCCGGAGGAUGAUGAUGCUGAGGAGAGCAAGAUGGAGGAGGUUGAUUAAAUUUGAUGCUUUACAUGUAGGAGUUCAGUGUCCGAGUUGUGGAUAGUUGGUAGUCUUUUUAAGAAUAUCCCUGGGAGUCUUCUGUCUGUCGAGUCUCGUUUUUUUUUUUUUUUUGGUUCUUGUGGGCUCUGUGGUCUGCAACUUUUAAAAAGCCUAUUAGAAUAACACAACUAUUUACUCAAAA